AUGACUUUUGUAGCUCGAGUUGGGCACUUGCGCCGUACGUCUUACCAGCUCCCUCGCACGUUUCUUCUCUCACAGCAAACAGCAUUCGUCCGCCCGGUCGCGACGACCAACCUCGUGCCACAGAGAGCAUGGAUUUCCAGCUCAUCGCUCAAGUCCGCUUCUGCGGUUCAAAGCCAGCCUGAAUCGGGAUCUGCCUUGUCCGCCUCUGGAAAGGUACGGACAGAGGUUCCCCUUGCAAGCCAGGAAAAGAAAGAGGGCGCCAUGCAGUAUGCGUUGACAACCCUCGAUCAAAUCACAAACUGGGCCCGCCAGAGCUCGUUAUGGCCAAUGACAUUCGGAUUAGCUUGCUGUGCUGUGGAAAUGAUGCACCUGUCGACCCCUCGCUACGAUCAAGAUAGGCUUGGUAUUAUCUUCCGAGCCUCUCCCCGACAGUCUGAUGUGAUGAUUGUUGCUGGAACUUUGACCAACAAAAUGGCGCCUGCUCUGAGACAAGUCUACGACCAAAUGCCAGAUCCUCGCUGGGUCAUCAGCAUGGGCAGUUGUGCCAAUGGUGGAGGCUACUACCAUUACAGCUACUCAGUUGUCCGUGGGUGUGAUCGCAUUGUUCCCGUCGAUAUCUACGUACCUGGCUGCCCGCCAACAUCCGAAGCCCUGAUGUAUGGAAUUUUCCAACUUCAAAAGAAAAUGCGACACACAAAAAUCACUCGCAUGUGGUACAGAAGAUAG